AAAAAGACGUUGGGCGCGAAGCGUUUGAAUGUUUUUGAGUGAACGGACGGCGCGCGGGAGGCGGGAAACCCCGGCGGCGGCGGCGUGAGGGAGCGGGGCUGCAGAACGCACGGCGGGGGCGUCGAUCGGAAAAGAACUCGUGAAUUAACUUUGUCACUAGCCGGUUGUGUACUGAAAAUAUGGAGGCGCAGAUCCAGGAGUUUAAGCUAUUGGCAGAUGAACUGAUGAUUAUCCUUUCUGGUUGUCAUGGGGAGGUGCUUCUGCAGAAUGCCAUGAAUCAUAAGGCAAAAAUGGUGAAUAUCUACCUGGAAGUGGAAAACUGUGUGAAGCAGCAGUUGAGAGAGGUCCAGCAAUCACAGGAGCGUGUGGCACAGAAGGUUAUAGAGGUGGGAGAAGAAAGAGAAAAAAGUUUAUUGGAGUUACAGAAGAUUAAAGAAAAGUGGAAAGAGACUCAACAACGGAAUUCUAAGAAUGAAGCGGAACUUAAAUUGUUACAGAAAGAGCUGGAGGAACUUGAGAUGUCUGGAAAGGAAAUAGCUAAAAUGGAAGAGGAAGUGGAUGAAGAUACAACAGUGAUUAUUCCAUCUACUAAGUACUUGGCUCACAUCUUCCACAAGGUCACUAAGAUCAUUUGGGACUACGACUGUGAUCCUUCCCUUGUAAGAGGCAUUCACUUUGGAGCAGGUUUAGCGCAGCCCAUUAACAUUGAUUCUACUAAGCACUCUGACAAUUUCAUCUGCGAUUACCUGUGGAGCCUGGUGAGCACGGAUUGGUAAAUUAUUUUCUGGGCGUGAACCUUUUAAUGAACUACACAUUUUAAGUAGCUGCUUUGAGUGAAAUCUUUCUGAUCAUGUGGCUUUGAUCUUGGAAAAUCUUUUUUUCCCCUUGGAGUUGGCGAGUUGCAUCAACAGGUUAUUUUGGAUGUGGCAUUUUAUAAUUUAUGCACUAAUGCCAUACAAGAUAGUUGGAAGAAGAGCACAAGAAGAUCGGCAUGAUUUAAACCAUUUUUUUUAUUGUACAGCAAAGUAACUUGGACAAUGUUUUCCCUAAUGGAGUGGUAGUAAUUGAAAAUUCUCUCAUCCUCAAACUUGCAGGAAUAAACCUGUCUACUACCACUCUCCAUCAGAGUGCUAGAAUGUUGUAAAAUAGUAUUAAAUGCUGUGUAUAUAUGUAAACUUUAUCAAAAAUGUUGAAGUGAUUUGGUCCUGUUGCUUUGGCUGAGGUAAACUCAAACUCCAGUGCAACCAGCAUUUGAAUCCCAUACUCUUGUUAUGGAUGAAACUUGUCCAUAUUUGUUUAAAUAACUAACUCUGUAGUAAGGUAGUACAAGAGCGGCACAAACCGAAAACGCUCGUUCUGUAUUCCUUAAAGAUGCUAAUUACCUGGCUUCCUUAUGCAUGUCUUAUCUCUGCAAGUUUCUGUAAAGGCUGGCAUAAGUGAAAAUAUUGUGACUGUGGCAAAUGAAAGAAUAUCUCUCCCUUUUGAAAUGCAGAAUAUUAAAAGAACAGAAAGCCUUUACGUAAAAUAUGUUUGGUUUCAGCAAGUGCACUGAGUUAUUGCAACCUGGGUUUAUAAUUGGGUCCAUUGCACUUUUUAUACAAUACAGUAUCACAAAGUUUGGUUGCAAGUGUAUAUCUUCUAAGCUGUAUUUUGUGCUUUUUGCUAAAAUUCUGUUCUAAUAAAAUCUUCUGGUGUGGGAAUAAUAUUUUGCUUUGGAUUUGUAAAUUGUGUAUUUAAAUGUGUUUUGCAAAGGAGUUGCAAUCUGUUUUUGGAUAGUAUCUGAAAUUCUGGUUGUGUUAAAUUAUUAAUCUGCUGUCUCUUGCUGUUUGGACUCUGUUUAGGCAACUGUAACUUCAAGAGGAUCUGGAGGAGCAUAAGUGAGCCUUCUGAAGGAUUUUAGACAAAAUAACUUUUUGAAACUUUAGCUACAAAGAUAGCAGACAUAUGUUUCUUUAUAAAAUAGUGAGCUCUUGUGCAUAUAGAUGAAUUCAGGAUGACUCAUUUGACAGACUGAUACUUAUUGGCAGCUAGGUUAAGGUGGAAUCUGAUUUAUCUUGCUGAAGAGAUCUGGGGCAGGGAUAAAGUCAAAUUCAGGUCUUGACUGAAAGCAAUGAUCAAAUCUACUGCAGUGUGUAAUCCAUGGUUAAGUGUGUGCUGAGUGCCUAUGAAUCCCAGUUGCUGAAGGAAAUAAGCCCUGAAAAUCUAUAACAUCUGAAAACUGCUGGUUUUAAAGCUUGAGGAUUUUUUGAGCAUAAGAUUGCAAAUUGUCUUUUGGUAGUGCAUUAGUGAGAAACUCAUUCAGACUACUGUGAUUUGAUUAACUGACCACAUUAAUAAUCUGUGAAUAAUAACAAAGUGAUCUGUGAUUGUGGCUUUGUGAGGAGUGGGUGGCUGAUUUGCGCUGCUCCGAAUUUGUCUAUUCCUCUCUUUCGAUUAGAAUUAGUAUUGCAAAGAUUGUUACACUGAGAAUCCACUUUUUAAACCAUUUUCAGUGGUUUUCAGCUAACCAAUCACCUAUAAAGAAAAGCUGAAGCUAACCAUCUCAAGCAGAGUACAUCAUUUCCUUUAAUCUCCAAAUGAGCUCUGCACCAUAAUUUUACACGGGUAUCUGCAAUUUGUUGCCUAUUUACCUUCAGGUACUUCCACCUCACUGCAGCCUGAUGUCGGUCCAUUGGUCAGUGAAUAAAUGAUGGCUUUCAACAUCUUUUGAGAAAAGUGUGUCUGUGAUAUCCUACUGAAUAAAUUAUACAUAUAUGACAGUCAACUUUGACAGUUUAUUUGCGUGAUGCCGCUUGAAGCAAUCAGCGUCUGAUCCUCUAGUAAAUGUUUCAGUGCAAGUGAAGAUGAUACGAUGUUCCCA